GCAUAAGCAUUCUGUAUCAGAAACCGACAAAAGCACCGCCUGGCUUCUUCUCUUUCGCUGAUCCUUUUGCUUUCGAAGUGUGGAGAUUGCUGGUGCUGGCCUGUGUCGGAGUUUCUUUUGUCCUAUUCGUGGUUGGGAGGAUAUCGUCUUCAGAAUGGGAAAAUCCCUAUCCAUGUAUUGAGGAACCAGAGUAUUUAGUUAACCAACUCGACUUGAGGAACUGCGCCUGGUUUGUGACUGGUUCCAUUAUGCAGCAAGGAUCAGAAAUUGAGUUAAAAUCUGUAGCUACUAGAAUGGUUGCAGGAAUGUGGUGGUUCUUCACUUUGUUGAUGGUUUCGAGCUAUACCGCGAAUUUGGCUGCUUUUUUAACCACGGAAAGCCCAGAUCCUCAUUUUAACAACCUUAGAGAACUCGUAAAUAACGCAGAAGAAAAGGGCAUCAAAUACGGAGCUAAAUUAGAUGGAGCCACAGCAAACUUUAUCAGG